AUGUGUCACGGUCAGAUGACGGUGGACGAUAGUUCCGAGCCUGUCCUUGGCCCCUUGCACAGUAAUAUCAUCAUCAUCAUCAUCACCACCACGAAGGUUCCCGUAAAAUCCCGGCACGCGAGUGGGGCAUCACUGAGUGGACCUCAAGGAAACCCCACCAGACACGGCUCACCGCUUUCAUCUGCCAGGAGCUCGGCCUGCAGGAAUAAAGCGGUGAGUCGGGGCGCUUACGCUUUUGAGAAGGUCGGAAAAGGAUGGACAACAGAAAGGUCGAACCCUGGCAAAUUCGAUUCGUUCACUAUCUCUUCCUGGGUGCUUGAUCCACUUUCCGAGCCAUGCAGCGGUCCGACCCAGUCAACGCCUCAACUUGUCCUGUAUCUCAUGGAAGGAUGUUAUGAGCUUGCAGGUUCAGGAACGACGCGAGAUCGUGUCGAUAACUUGGGAACAACUCGCUUGGGGUUUCAUCUAUCAGGCAAUAUCGAGCACCUGCGCUCGCUUUUCUCCGGCGGGAGCGUGUCCUCCAUACCUUUGGUGAUUCGCUACCCGUUCUAUUUCCUCCUUUGCACCAAAGAUGCAGUCGAUCAGCUUCGUCGCGAAGGGCUUGGAAGUGGAAGAAAAAGUCUACUUAUCUCGGCUGGCGCUCAUCGUCCCGACAACUUUGGGACUUUGGCGGUUUGCAUCGACCCUGGUCGGCGGCGCCCGAUGUCAACCAUCACCGUCUCGGUGCCGUUGGGGAUUGAUCUUGAUCCCCGUGGAAGGAUUUCUUGA